CGACAAUCAAAUGGCGAGAGAAGGGUGUGUGUAAGUAGUUAACUUACCAGGUGUGUGUGACUGAGUAAGAAAGAAUGUCUGCCUCCGGGGAUGGAAAAGGAUGACAAGGCGUGAUGAGGACCCCCCAGAGAGAGAGAGAGAGAGAGAGAGAAAGAGGCAGACAAUAACACUGAUGGCCUGAAAUUGGCCGCAUGCUAAGAAUACUACUUAGUGAACUCCGGAGCACUGCCUUUGUUGCUGAGUUACUGACACUAACUAUGCUCAUAUGCUACGCCUGCUAUGAUAGUUACCUGCAGGCAUGGAGUAAACAAGCCAUGAUCUGCCGUAUGUCAAUCACCACAACAUUCAAUGAAAGACGAUUGUUCAAAUUGCUCGGGGGGUUAAAGGGACUGAGUACCCAUUUAUUGAUAACCUUUGACUGGAUACUCACUUGUAUGGCAGUCCAACAGAAACCCAUCAUAUUAAGGCCACUGGGAACAUUCACACAGGAGAUGCUGAUAAAUGGCUACAGGCUUACUUCCGUCCUAUCGUUCCCAAUCAACAAACCGGUUUUUGUAUGUUCGGUUCGCUUCUUCAGUCCCUCUUGCGCUCUCCGGCCUGUUAUCCUACUGCUAAAUAGUUGGACAUGUUCAUUGUUCGUUUGUAUUUUGGCUAAGUCUGGUACUUGGGAUAUGCAAUAAAACCACUCGAUAGACUGAGGUGCUAAGAGUAGUUAGUAGUAGUCAGGCGACAUUGUUUCCUCCUCCUACCCCCCCCGGCGACGAAAGCAGACCAGCCCCCAUGAUAUCUCUGAUAAGCGCAGUCAUCAA